AAAUCUCGCCGGAGUGUCUCUCUCUUUCUCUCUCUCUCUCUCUGUGUUCCAAUUUUCUCUCUCGAUUCAAUUUUCAGAAGUGAAGCCCAAUCGUCAUUUUCCGACGAUCUCACUCAGAUCUACUCCGAUCAGUCCCUGGAUUUGUAUCAGAGCUUCAUAACCUAGGUCAACCCUAACAGAUCUCGGACGAAAUAAUGUCGUGCCUGGCGCUCUCCCUCCAGCCCGCCAACGGACCAGACAUCCUCCUCCAAACUCGGGAGUGGUUCCCUCCUGCCAGAGCCCUGAUCGCCCUCCACGCCUUCCGUCAAACCCGACUCUCCUUCGCGCGCAAAAACCCCUCCGCCGCAGUUGCCGCUGCCGCUGCCGCUGCUGUUUUCUCUUCCGACACCGAUGCGGCCACCGAAUCUAUCGGUGAUGAUCCCCUUGCUGCGUCAAGUGGGCAGCUGAUCGUGGGCGUGGAGAGCAAGUACCGCGUGGUCUACCGCCUUGUUAAUUCCAUCUACGUUCUCGGCGUCACCACUGCCGACCAUGACAAUUCUAUCAAUGUCUUUGAGUGCAUCAACAUCGUCAACCAGGCUGUCAGCGUUAUCGUCACUGCCUGCCGUGGCGUUGAUGUCACCCCUGAGAAGCUCGCCCGGAAGUAUGCCGAGGUCUAUAUGGCGCUUGACAUUGUUCUCCGUGGAGUUAGCCACAUCCGACUAGCUGCCAUGCUCUCUUCGAUGCACGGUGAUGGCAUCGCGAAGAUGGUCCAUUCCGCUCUGGACACCGAAGCCAAGAUCCGCGGCGCUGAUAGCUGGACUUCAGUUGAGGUGCAUUCAGUGGAGCACAAGGCCAGCAUUGAGGCCUUUUCGAACGUCAAUUUUGAAUUGCCACCGGAGACUAUUGCGGCUGGAGAUGAGGUUGCUGUGAGUCUUGUUCCCCAGAGUGCAGGUGAGCAGCAGGAUGAUAAAGCACAGAAAUCCGAGGAACCAGAGGUGAAGGACCCGUUUGCACCAAGUGACGCCAUCAACAAGCAGGAGGAAUUGGUGGGUGGCUUUAAGAAGACCAAGGAUCCGUCAGCCACAGAUUUGACUGUGGCAUUGGCAGGUUUGGAGGUAACUACAUUGCCACCAGCAGAGGCCACACAAUCUACGCAUAUUACUGUAGAAGGAUUUGAAGGGGAGUACGGCGGGAUUGCGUUCAGCAAUGAUCAGGCUUCUCUGGGAGAGGCGUUUGAAGGUUUUAGUGAUGCAUGGGGUGGGGGAUUGGAUGUAUCAGAGUUUGUUGGAACAAAGAAGGCUCCAAGACAGGAGGGACUCAGUGGACUUGAGCUAUUGCAGACAGGGGACGGCCCUGCACCUCCAAAUGUAGCGGCAAGUGGAGCUGCUGGAACUCCUCUUGAGGAUCUCUUGGUGAAGAAGACAGAAAUGAAAGGGCCAGAGAUGUACAUCUCGGAGGAGAUUAAUGCUGAGUUUAGGGAAUCUCUGCUUGCUAGAGUUGGGUUAAUGGGUGUGGUUUAUUUGAGGACAUUGCCUCCUAAAAGUUCUGGUGAUAAGGAGACUGAAUUUUCCUUUCGGGUUGAGGGAACAAGUGCUGUUAAACGGUUUGUUAUGCAGAGUUCUCGAGUUAGUAGCCUAGGUAAUGGCAUGUUUCAUGUCAGGACGGCUCCAUCAGAGGAGCCUAUUCCGAUUUUGAAGUAUAGUUUGCUACCUAGGUUGACGCCAUUGCCUCUGAGAGUUAGGUUGAUAACACGGCACAGUGGUACCUUACUUUCAGUGAUGAUUCAGUAUGCCUCAAACCCUAAUUUACCAGCACCCUUGAAUGAUGUGACCUUUGUUUUGAAAUUACCUGUUGAUCCUACUUUGCUUAAGGUUUCACCCAAAGCAGUGUUGAAUAGGCCUGAAAAAGAAUUGAAAUGGCAUGUACCAGAGAUUCCACUAAAGGGUACUCCCGGCCGUUUGAGAGCUAGAAUGCCUGUGGAUUCCAGUGAGGACAAUGAAGAACUUGAAGUUGUUGGCUAUGUAAAAUUUUCAGCACAAGGAAUUACAUCAUUCUCUGGUGUUUGUCUACGGCCUGCUUCGGAGGGUAAGACAGACUUUUAUGAGGUCAGUCACCGCUAUGAGAGUGGGGUUUAUAUGUGCAAUUGAACCAUGAUGCAAUAAUAAUUUGCCUACAGGCUGUUUUGUUUCUUUAGUGUUCCACUUGUUUUGAAGGGGACACACUUGAUUUGGUUGUUCUGAAUGGGGCAUUCUUGAUGAUGAGCUUGUAAUCUAAGAUCGGGUUAUUUGAGUUUGUGUGCUCCUUGUUAGCCAUUGAUUUUCGUUGAUACCAAAUGAAUUUUAUUCACCUGAUUUCACAAUUUCAACUGUCAGAUUCUUAUAUGCUAGUGUAUUGUCUUCGUACACACUAAGACCAAAAAAUAUGAUGUUUUCUU